AUGGCCCCCUCCUGCCAGUUGUCGCGGGACCACCAUGCCUCGCUGCAGAGAGAGUCAAGCCAGAGGCUUCCCUCAGAGACGACCCUAAGCAGAAAGAUGUCUUAUUUUGUCUUUGCCUUUUUCUUCAUUUUGGCUCAAUUUCUAUCAGGAUGCCAGGCAGGACUCGAGUAUUCUGAGCCACUUCCAGGAGGUGAGUUUGCUGCUUGUGAGCCGUGCAGGCUCGGCCGGGGCAAAUGCAGGAGGAUGUGCACCGAGGAUGAGAAGGUUGUUGGAAAUUGCAAGAUGAACUUUUUCUGUUGCCGACGGAAGAUCAGGUGA